CCUCGGCACCUCCCACAACAACACACACAUCUCACCAUCGGGCCGUGGACAUGACACCAAACGCCCAGCCCUCCUCGGCUUCUCCGCCCCAGGCUGCUCCCUCGGGUGCAACGUCCAACCCCAGAAAGAGGGGGAGGACCGCGUGUACGAGAUGCAAAAGCCGUAAGCAAAAGGUUUCUCUGACAAAGGCUCCCCCCGGGAAACACUGUGAUGAACAGCUGCCCGUGUGCUCCAACUGCCGCAGGUCGGGCGCGCAGUGUGACAAGUUGGAUGUCACCGAGGAAGCCCCUUCAACUGCGUACACGAGGGCAUUGGAAGCGCGGGUGGCUUUCUUGGAGAGCAAACUGGCCCAGAUACCCACUCCGGAAGCGGCCUCAACCCCCGCGAAGGACGUCGCGAGCAACCAGUCACUCUCGUCAGGCAGGGACAAGAACGCUCUUAGCGACGCCGUUGCGCACGUCUCGCUGGGAAACCUGGAGGCGCCUGUUUACGUCGGCCCUUCGUCGGGGUUGUCCCUGGCUCUGAACCUUGGCGAGAUGGUGCAGGCCACCGUCUGGAACAAGAUGCUGCCGGUCAUUCAGGAUGGCAUUGUCAGUAACCAAGACGACAGCAUCAACCCGGGUCCGAAGGGCCUUACGGUGGAAGACAUGCUGGCUCAUAGCAUAGUAAAGGAGCCGCCGACCGAAGAGCAAGGGGCCAAGAUGUUGAAGGCGUACACAUCCCAGUUGCAUUCCAAGUACCCAUUCUUGGAGCCCGAGGAGUUAUGGAAGCUGCACAAAGAACGAGACGCAUUAGCCGCGACGCCCACGCAGAGCCUGACCAAGGCCGAGCGGUUUGGGAUCUUCAAGCUGUAUCUCGUCUACGCAGUGGGUGCAACUGUAGUUCAACUCACGCAGCGCGGACCGGGUUUCUCGCCAGAGGUAUGUUCCCCCCCUUACUCACGCCUUUGUCUGUUUUUGUUGAUGCCAGGCUCGUUGACGAUCUGCUCCAAGUCACUGUACACCACCGCCCUCCAGCACAUAUCCGCUGCCAGAGAAUCGGGGACCGUUCAGAACAUCGAGGCAAUGACGCUGCUGGUCAUGUUCCACCUCCGGUCUACGUCGAGCCACGGAUUGUGGUACAUGAUUGGUCUGGCGAUGAGGACGUCCAUCGACCUGGGCCUCCACCGCGCCGCACACGAGCAAAACAUCCCAGAGUCCCCCGUCGUGCAGCGGAGGCGCAGGCUGUUCUGGUCCGUCUACUCUCUGGAGAGGACGAUCGCGGUAUCGCUGGGGCGGCCUCUGAGCAUCGCCGACAACCAGAUCGACGUCGAGCUCCCGCACGCCAUCAUCAUCAGCGAUAGUAACAUACAACCUGCCGGUGUUAUCGCCGGGAACGACAUCACCCUCGCCAUAGUCCUCUUCAGGCUUCGCCGCAUCGAAUCCAGGAUCCACCACUCCGUCUACCGCACAGACAAGACCCUGGACGCCCUGCGGCCGAAGCUCGACCGGUUGUACCAGCUCCUCCAGUCGUGGCGGGGAUCCCUGACGGACUGGAUCCCGGCAUCCCAUCCGGACACGAACUACGCCCUUCUUCUCUACAACCGCGCCCUGCGACUCCUCAUCCAACCCUUCCUACCGAUCCUGCCGCUCUCAGACCCCUUCUACGGGCUCUGCAUGCGGGCGGCGGGCGACAUCUGCCAGUCGCACAAGAGGCUCCACCAGACGCUCGACUACGGCCACAGCUUCAUCGCGGUCCAGACGGUCUUCGUGGCCGGCGUCACGCUGCUGUACGGCCUUUGGACGCAAGGCGACGCCGUCUGGUCCGUGGCCCUGUCCAACGACAUCCGGGCGUGCUCUCUGGUGCUCUUCGUCAUGGGCGAGAGGGCCCCCUGGGUCCGCAAGUACCGGGACGCGUUCGAGGUCCUCGUCAACGCCGCCCUGGAGAAGCUCCAAGACAAAGAGUGCGGCCUUGCGGAAAUGGCGUCGGCUCGUAUGCGGGCCGAGAAGGCGACGGGCUCCUCUGGGAGCGGUGGACAGGAUGCCGAUCGAGGGAGUCCGGGGGUUAAUACAGCACAGGCGGUCGAUGACUUCAACAAUUUCCUGCCAUCAUGGGACGGCGGCAUUGGUGGCGGCGAGUUUGAGGGCGCUUGGCCGAUGGUGGCCGAGCUUGCGAACUGGAUAGACCAAGACGGUGGGAGUCCGGUCUGGAUGCCCAACUUUGAGCUUCUGCAGAGUCUUUCGGGUACUUGGCAUGACUGAUGGCAAAGGGUCCAAGAGGAUAUUGCCUUCCACAAGAUUGUAAGGGACGGCCGUUCUGCAAAUCUUUACUGGAUAGUCCUUUGUGUUCUUUUCAGCUGGAUCAACGGGGAAUACAUCUAGCCAAGUGGGAAUCAUGCUGUCGUUGUAAGUAAUCUUGCUACAUGUUCCGUUGGUUUUGAUCUGAUUAGCUUCACUCCUAAGUCGACCUCUUUUGGGAAGACAGAGUUCUCCU